CACGCAGCCCAGCUCUUGUGUGUCUCUGCGUUCCAUCCAUCCCCGCUUCAAUUCUGCUGUCGCUCGCUCCCUACACCGCCCCCAUCCCAUCGGUCGUCAUAAAAAGUCCAAGCCGAUCGCCAAGGGGCCAUGGCCGGCGCUGCAUCCGAGGCGAAUAAGGGCGAGAUGCACUCCAUACCUGUUGGCCUCGAGGCGAAUAAGGAAGGGAUGCAGCCCGUGGCCGGCGGUGCCAGCGUAGAUGAGGACAACGCCUGGAUGCAGUUCAUCUCCGACGGCGCCUGGUACACCAGCGCCGUCGCGCGAGAGGAUAACUCAUGGAUGCAGUUUAUCUCUGACGUCGCCUGGUGCACCAGAGUCGCCGUGGACAAGGAUGGUUCCUUCCUGCAGUUCAUCUUCGACGACGCUUGGUACCGCAGCGCUGGCGACGGACAGGGAACGACAGAGAAAAGUAAAGAAUAGAAUCAAAGGACUCCCAUUCCAUCGUGUAUAGGUUGAUCCUUAAGUCAUAUAUGUUGUUGUGUUUUCUUUAUAUUUGAAUAAUAUUUUCUAGAGCCUUUUUUGUAUAUGAGUGAAUGUUGAGGUCUCUUAACCUCAAGAAAUGUUUUUCGAAAGUGUUCUGACUAUGAAUUGAAAUUGAGAAUAUGCACUUGUUCUUUUCAUAAAUCA